GUUAGAGAUACAUCGUCGAGUCGCGGACCAAAACGCGCGCGAAGCGAUCGCAUUUAACGACAUCCAUCGUGAUACUUCCGCGUACACUUUCGCCCCGUAAACACACGCGGACGUUUCGUGUUUCCCAAACGUUUCUGAUUCAACAUCCUGCGUUCGAUUAGUUGUGUUUGUGUCAUUCGGUGUGUGAACGAUGCUCGAAUAAUUUGAGAUUUCCAGAAAUCAAGAUGGCUGCCAAUAGGCGCCCUUGGUCGAAAAUGCAGUCUGUUAUACUCCUCUUCGCCGUUACUUUGUGUUCAUGUGAUCCUGAAAUAUAUUAUGAAAAGCAGCGAUACGAUGGCUGGUACAAUAACAGAGCUUAUCCUGAUUGGGGAUCCGUCGAUAGUAGACUAACACGAAAGACUCCAGCUUCGUACGCGGAUGGUGUGUACAUGAUGGCGGGAGCUGAUAGACCAGGAGCUAGAACUCUAUCAAAACUAUUCAUGCGUGGACAAGACGGAUUGCCAUCGUUAUCAAACAGAACAGCGUUAUUAGCGUUCUUUGGACAGGUAGUGACUGGAGAGAUAGUAAUGGCGUCGGAGUCUGGCUGUCCCAUCGAACACCACCGCAUUCCGGUGGACAAGUGCGACCACAUGUACGACCCGGAGUGUCAGGGCGCCAAACACAUGCCGUUCCUUCGUGCGGCUUACGACAGGCAGACUGGACAAAGCCCUAACAGUCCUCGUGAGCAAAUCAACCAGAUAACGUCGUGGAUCGACGGCAGUUUCGUGUACAGCACGAGCGAGGCAUGGGUGAAUGCAAUGAGGUCAUUUCAGAACGGAAGUCUGGCGAGCGACGGCGGCAUGCCCCUGCGCAACACGAAACGUGUUCCGCUCUUCAACAACCCUGUGCCCCAUUACAUGCGCAUGCUCAGCCCUGAGAGACUAUUCUUGUUAGGAGAUCCUCGGACUAACCAGAAUCCAGCACUUGUGACGUUUGGUAUACUGUUGCUGCGUUGGCAUAACGUGGUGGCAGCGCGCGUCCACAAACAACACCCAGACUGGGAUGACGAGCAAUUAUUUCAGCGCGCCCGACGCAUUGUCAUAGCUAGCUUACAGAACAUAAUUCUAUACGAAUACGUACCAGCGUUCCUCGGGAUACCUCUUCCUCCAUACGAGGGCUAUCGGGCGGAGAUAGCUCCUGGAGUGACGCAUGCAUUUGCUGUGGCCGCAUUUCGCUUUGGUCAUACUUUGGUACCUCCCGCCAUAUUGCUGCGAGACAGAAAUUGUAGAUACAGCAGAGCACCCGGAGGACACGAUGCUAUUAGAUUGUGUCAGACUUGGUGGGAUGGGAAUGAUGUGAUGUCGCAAGUACCAAUAGAAGAAGUACUAAUGGGGAUGACAACACAGUUGUCCGAGAGAGAAGAUGCGUUAUUAUGCUCCGAUGUCAGAGACAAUCUCUUUGGUCCUAUGGAAUUUUCUAGACGCGAUCUUGGUGCACUGAACAUCAUGAGAGGUAGAGACAAUGGAUUACCAGAUUACAACACUGCGAGAACAUAUUUCGGACUACCGAAAAUAAAGACUUUUAACGAAAUUAACCCUGUUCUCUUUGACAACAAUCCAGAUCUACUGCAAAGAUUGGUACAAGCUUAUGACGGAAAGCUUGAUAACAUUGAUGUUUAUAUAGGAGGAAUGCUUGAAUCGACUGGUCAUCCCGGAGAUUUAUUUAGAGCAAUAAUUAUAGAUCAAUUCACUAGAAUAAGAGACGGAGAUAGAUUCUGGUUCGAAAACGAUAAAAAUGGGAUAUUUACUCCUGAUGAGAUAGAGGAACUUCGUCGUAUUACGCUAUGGGAUAUUAUAGUGAACAGUACAGCUGUCGGGCCUAAUGACAUCCAGCGCGACGUUUUUCAUUGGAGCAAGGGAGACCCCUGUCCACAACCGUACCAACUUAAUGCUUCUAAACUACCACCGUGCAAAUAUUUGAAAGGAUAUGAUUAUUUUGAGGGCAACGAGUUCGCAUACAUCUAUACCUGUCUUGCGCUGGUAUUUGUGCCAAUACUGUGCGCGGGCGCUGGCUACGGAGUGGUUAAAUUACAAAACAGUCGCCGACGCCGACUCAAGAUACAACAAGAACAUCUAAAGAAUACUCAAUACAAAGGUUCAGUAGACAAAAUGGUAUGUCGCGAAUGGGUGCACGCGUCGUACAAGCGGAUAGUGAAGCUGCGACUCGGUCCCGAACCCGCCAUAGUGAACACUUAUCGACGCUUGACUCUGCAUCUAGGACCACUAUAUUUCGUGUGGUUACAGGAGCACAACAACAAGCGGCCUCUGGUGCUUGUCCGUGCGCCGCGCGAACACGAUCUCGUGCUGGAGAUGGAUUCAGCCGCGUCGCGCCGCAAGUUCCUUCUCAAGCUCGACACAUUCCUCGCACAGCAUAAGAAGGCUAUGAAUCUUACACAGGGACACCGAGAUCAAAUAUUGGCAUCAGCUGAAACAAGAGAAAGGAGACAACGCAAGUUAGAGCACUUCUUCAGAGAGGCGUAUGCUAUCACGUUCGGUCUAGCCCCGGGUGAGAAGAGACGGCGUUCAGAAGAUGCUGAUCCCGAAUCUAUCGUGAUGAGGACCUCGUUAUCUAAAAGUGAAUUCGCGAGCGCUCUCGGCAUGAAACCUGAUGCAGUAUUCGUGAAGAAGAUGUUUAACAUUGUGGAUAAAGAUGGCGACGGCAGAAUAUCAUUCCAGGAAUUCCUAGACACUGUAGUGCUAUUCUCGCGUGGCGCUACGGAGGACAAGUUGCGUAUAAUAUUCGACAUGUGCGACAACGACCGCAAUGGCGUCAUCGACAAGGGAGAGCUGAGUGAGAUGUUGCGCUCGCUGGUCGAGAUCGCAAGAACCACUUCGCUGCGGGAUGAACAUGUUACCGAAUUGAUCGAUGGAAUGUUCUCCGAUGCCGGGCUUCAACACAAAGACCAUCUGACGUAUUCCGAUUUCAAAGUAAUGAUGAAGGAAUACAAAGGGGAAUUUGUUGCCAUCGGACUGGAUUGUAAGGGAGCGAAGCAAAACUUUUUAGAUACAUCAACUAAUGUCGCGAGAAUGACCAGCUUCCAUAUUGAGCCUUCCAUGGAGCAGACUCGACAUUGGUUGCUCUUGAAAUGGGACUACCUAACAACAUUCUUGGAAGAGAACAGACAGAACAUAUUCUAUCUAUUUGUAUUCUACGUGGUGACUAUUGGUCUUUUCGUGGAGAGAUUUGCUCAUUAUUCAUUUAUGUCGGAGCAUUUGGAUCUGAGGCACAUCAUGGGCGUUGGUAUCGCGAUAACAAGAGGAUCCGCUGCAUCGCUUUCCUUCUGCUAUAGCUUAUUACUUCUUACUAUGUCCAGAAACCUCUUGACUAAAUUAAAGGAAUUCAGCAUUCAGCAGUACAUACCUCUGGAUUCCAGCAUACAAUUCCACAAGAUUGUGGCUUGCACCGCGCUAUUCUUCUCUCUCCUUCACACAGCUGGUCACAUGGUCAACUUCUACCAUGUGUCCACACAGCCCGUAGAGAACCUCAAAUGCAUGACUAAAGAAGUUCACUUCACCUCCGAUUUCCGACCUGGUAUUACGUACUGGGUGUUCCAAACAAUAACAGGUACAACCGGUGUUCUCCUCUUCAUCAUAAUGUGUAUCAUAUUCGUGUUUGCUCAUCCUGUAAUCCGAAAGAGGGCGUACCCGUGGUUCUGGCGCGCGCACUCGUUGUAUAUCGUAUUAUAUGCACUAUGUCUCGUACACGGUCUCGCACGACUCACUGGAGCACCGCGUUUCUGGAUUUUCUUCCUCGGUCCUGCUAUCAUCUAUACUUUGGACAAGGUCGUUUCACUGCGGACAGAAUAUUUAGCGUUAGACGUCCUGGAAACUGAAAUGUUACCAUCUGAUGUCAUCAAAAUAAAAUUCUACAGGCCGCCUAAUCUUAAAUAUUUGUCAGGUCAGUGGGUACGACUCUCUUGCACCGCGUUUAAAAAAGAAGAAUACCAUUCCUUUACUUUAACAUCUGCGCCGCAUGAGAACUUCUUGUCGUGUCAUAUCAAAGCUCAAGGACCUUGGACGUGGAAACUGAGAAAUUAUUUCGACCCUUGUAACUAUAACCCUGAAACGCAACCAAAAAUAAGAAUCCAAGGUCCAUUCGGCGGUGGCAAUCAGGAUUGGUACAAGUUCGAGGUAGCAGUGAUGGUGGGUGGCGGUAUCGGCGUCACACCUUACGCCUCCAUCCUUAAUGACCUGGUCUUCGGCACGUCUACCAACAGAUACUCAGGAGUCGCCUGUAAAAAGGUGUACUUCCUAUGGAUCUGUCCGUCCCAUAAGCACUUCGAGUGGUUCAUCGACGUGCUGCGUGAUGUGGAGCGCAAGGAUGUCACCAACGUGCUCGAGAUACAUAUCUUCAUCACGUUCGUACAAAAGAAACACAGUUAUGUAUCCAAGAUCGGCGUAUUUUCUUGUGGUCCCCGACCGCUCACGAAAUCGAUAAUGUCUGCGUGCGAGCAGGUCAAUCGCACGCGUCGUCUGCCAUACUUUAUACAUCACUUCGAGAACUUCGGAUAGAACAGUCUUGAUACUUGUUAUUGUCACUGCCAGAUAUUGCAAACAUGAAUAUAAGAUUUUGUAAUUAUAGAAAAUUAUAAAAAAUGUAUCUACUUCCAAUUAAAUUAACGAUUCGAAGAAUAAAUAAAUUUUUGCAAACUCCAAUUUAAGAUAUUGUUUAUUAUAAAUUUCAAAUUAUUACUGUUUUGAAAAUCUUGUAUUCAUGAUUUAAGCUAAGUCAAACUGCCUUUUAACAUCGAAAAAUCAUCUUUUAAUUUAUUUUUCGCAUCAGCCUGUAGUUUAUGUUAAGUUUCUUUCAUUAGGUAAAUUAUUUAUUGAAAUUGUAUGCUUUUAAAUUCCACAAAAUGAUUUAGUACAAAUUUUG